UAUUUUAUCUUAAAAGGCUCACUAGGUUUUGCAAAAGAGCCACAAGGCUGUAACUAGGUUGUGUCUCGUUCAUUACUUUACCAUUUUAUCUAUGUUUAAUGUGAAGUUUUAUAGACAUUUUAUGCACUGCACAUGAUCAAAUUCAUAAUAAGCAGUUCAUAUGGAUUUUGAAUGCAUUACAUUUAUUUAUCCCUAUUUCUCAUGAUGUUCCCAGACGGUCCUGAUGAUCAAUAGUCAGGCUAUCGGUUCAAACGAGGAGUAUUUUGACAACGGGAAGCAGUUCAGACCAGAGCGCUGGAUUGAGGAGAAAAGCUCCAUCAAUCCUUUCGCACAUGUGCCGUUUGGGAUCGGAAAGAGGAUGUGCAUCGGCCGGCGGCUCGCUGAGCUACAGAUCCAACUCAGUCUCUGCUGGAUACUACGUGACUAUGAGAUUGUGGCCACAGAUCAUGAGCCGGUGGACGCGCUGCAUUCAGGAACUCUGGUUCCCAGUCGAGAGCUUCCCGUGGCUUUUGUCCGCCGAUGAGAUACUAACCUGAACAGAUGACUCCAUAUUAAUGGAUCCGAUACAUUGCGAGGCCUUUAUACUGCUGCUAAACUAUAGAAUAAAUCAAUCUCACACUUAUACCUCAAACUAUUUGUAUUUAGUUUUAUGAUACUAGUAAAUAAUUCUUCUAUUUAUUACUUUAUUAAAAUGACAGCUUAAAUGAAAUAUUUAAGUUUUUCUCAUAAUUGCUGCUACCUAAUAUAUUACUCUAGUAAAUAUAUUUGACUAAAAUCUUAAAAUUAUUAUGUAGAGAUGGUACAUUUUCUAUGCAAUACUAUUUAGUACUGAAAUCAUUCCAUGUACAGUAUUAUGUAAAAUCUUUUUUUCUUUUUUUAAUACAAAAAGUGUAGAAAUGUUGUACAUACAUGUUAUAUAAAACAUAAAUGUAACAUUCUAUUUAUGUACUCAUAAAUAUGUAUAAUAUUUUUAAUGUAUGUCUGUAUGAGUGAUGAAAAAACAAUGAGUGAUUGUUGAAAAGAAGAUCACAAGAGUCUAGAAAUUCACCACUAUUGUUCACCACUUUUUUCUUAAUAAAACUUUUAAAUGUAA